AUGGAAGAGAAAACGACACCUAAGAGGAGAGUUUGCAUCAGUUUGCCAAGGAAACACAUGGCAGCUUUAGAGGAGAAAUAUGAACUGGACCAUGGAUUGUUUAUAAAAGAGUUGAAUCCUUGUUUAAGUGAAGGUUAUGUCCGGGCGUAUUUCAGAGAAUGGGGCACAGUCACAUCCUGUAAGAUAAGGAGGAGCUCUAAUUCAGGUGAGACUAAAGCCGUGGUCUAUGUGAUGUUUUCUACAGAGGAUGAAGCCAACAGCGCAGACUGGGCUGGUCCUCACUUCAUCGGAGGCAGCAAAGUAGAAAUAAGACGAGUUGUCAGCCUGAAGAUGGAGGAAGAUUCAGAGGAAGAUGAGGAUACAGUCUCUGUUAAACCACAUCCAUGGUGUUCCAUGGGUCUGGGAUACAUACUCGACACUCAGUGGUUAGAGGAUGAGAAGGACUUAAUAAAAGGACUAUGAUGUCACAUUUUUACUUUAAAAUGUACAGUCGUGGAAAAAAUUAUCAUGUUGAAGCUGCAGAAACAUCUUCAGCAAAUGCAUAU